AUGAAGAAAAAAAGAAAAACUUAUCAAAUUCAACAAAAACUGGAAGUUAUUGAUUUCAAGAAGAAUAAUCCUGCUGUUACUCAAGAAAAUUUGGCUCAGCGGUUUAAUAUGCCUAUUGGAGUGAUCAAUUCAACGUUGAAGAAAAUGCAAUUGUAUGGAUCAAGGCGUCACAAACAAAAAAAGAAUAUUACAUUUAAAAGUUGUACUGAUAAGAUAUAUGAACCAUUAUAUGCAUGGAUUCAGAACAAACGUUUCUGUAAUCACACCAUAACUAAUGUAAUGGUACGCGAAAUGGCACUCAAAAUUGCUCAACGAUUUUAUAUGAAAAUUUCAAAGCAUCUCACCCAUGGAUUUCACGCUUUAAGAAAGAGUAUAAAAUAA